UCUCGACUGGCGACUCGGACCAUCUACUACCCUUUGCUGGACUCGGACGUGUGUGUGUGUGUGUGUGUGUGAGAGAGAGAGAGAGAGAGAGAGAGAGAGAGAGAGAGAGAGAGAGAGAGAGAGAGAGAGAGAGAGGAAGGACUCUCUACGGGCUACUUGGACUCUGGACUUGCGACACUAAAAACACACACCGGGCCACCAUGAAUAAAGGUGCUUAGUUUGCAGAUGGGAGUCUCCCAACGCCCUUCCACCACACCAAUUAGCCGACGUGACUUCGACACAUUCGUGCCCUUGCCAGGGGGGAUCGGAUGGAAACCCACUCAGAUGGAUUAGUGGGGGAGUGUUCCAGUUGACGUCGCAAUCCCGACCGCGGUGAUGAAAUGGGAUAAGGGAGGGAACACGUGUCGUAUCUGACGAGUCCUGGACGUGGGCCUUUGCGCGGGCGCGGGGUAAGUGAGAGAAGGAGAAAGGAGAGAGGACAAUACCUGAAUUGGAGGAGCAGGAGAGGAGGGGAAGCUGGCAGUCUGGCUGUGUAGGUGAAAGAGAAGGGGGGAGGAGGAGGGGGGGGGGKGGGSGKSKGGUKUUSAGGSGRKKGGGRGRRGGGGGGGGGGKGGGUGGCUUUGUGUGGAACAUGCGGCACGAUUUCAAAAUUGAAGAAGAGUGCUGAUCUUCUUCUCUCUUCUGUCCAUUCGAGAAAAUGAUGCACAUGACGUCGUCGUCGGCGAUCUGUUCGUCGUCGAUCAGCAGGCAGUCCUCGUUUGCAACAUGCGGGGGGCAAUCGGUAAUCUCAGUACAAGCAGGGAGAGGUCGGCGUACGGGUGGUGUGAGCUCGGCGCGCUGUGAGGCGAAGAAGGAAUGCCCUGUCGUCGCGUGGAUAUGGUCGAGCUGGAGGUUGGGCGCUCGAGUUGACGUCAGUCAAUCCUUGGAGUCUCAAUGGGAGAGGGUGGUGCAGGGGAGACGGGGUGGUGGAGGAGGAGGAGGAGGAGGCCGAGGCCUGGGUGAGCGGGGUCCCGAAGUGGGAUCGGGGGGGAUAGGCAGACAAAGGCGCAGCCUGAGCAGCGAUUGCGGCCAUGGCGGCGGCGGCGGCGGCGGCCUUCUACUGGAGAUCCGCGGGAUGGGAGGAGGGCCUAGGACCUUUCCCGGAGGAGUGACAAAGUGGCAGUGGAAGAGGAUGCAGACAAAGAAGAAACGCAGCAUAGAGUUAGCAAGGAUAGGCCGGAUGAAGAAGGAGGGCCAGCCGCCGCCAUAUCUAUGGGAUCCCACUCGGAAAGAGCGGGAAGACUUUUACAAGACCAUGCGGUCGGGAUCGCGACACAAGACGGCGAUGCAGUGGCGACGGAGGGAAGAUGGGGACGGGGUAGCUGACGUUGCGCAGGAGCAGCAGCAGCCGCCGGCGUUCAGAGGAGGAGGAAGAGGAGGAGGAGGAGGCCUAGAUAGCAUGGAAGAAGGGAACGGGCCGCUGGAUCUUGGUGCUAUGAAGGGUAAUCUAAGGGAUGGACGGGGGCAGGAGGUGGGGAUAGGGAGAUCAGGAGGAGAAGGGUGGCGGGGAGGAGGGGAAGAGAAGGCGGAGGGGGCUAGCCGAAGAGGCGCAGGCUAUGGUGGUGGCCCGAGGGGAACGACCGGGCUGGAGAGAUACCUCCAAGCGACAAAGGACAGUCGCCGCUACAGCAGGGGGGGGGGUGAGGAGGAGGAGGAUGAGGAGGAGGACGAGGAGGAGGAGGAGGAGGAGGCUCGCUUUUACGACGACGGGGUGGAAGAUAUGAGACAUGCGAGGGGAGGAAACAAUGCGGGGAGUAGGAUGUACACCCAAAGUGACGCGCGUGAUCAGCGGUCAGGGUACCGCGCGGCAUGGGGGCGCGGGCGCGGGCGCGGGGGUGGAAGGGGCAGUAGCGGCAGCAGCAGCAGCGUAAGGGGGGCUGGACGAAGUGGUGGGAGCAGCGCAAGAGGGGAUGGUGCAGGGAGAAGUGGCAGCAGCGUAAGGUGGGGGGAUGCAGACCGUGCAGGAAGUAGGGGCAGCAGCAGCGUAAGGGGGGGGGGUAUGCGAACUGAGCAGCCUCCAGCAUUGCCCACCAGGAGUCGGGAUCCGAGGCAGUCGUCAAGCACCAGCGAGGUUGGUCGGAGAGACACGUGGCAGGGCUCGAGUGAAAGGAGGAGGGGAGGAAGAGAUGGCGACGAUUUCUUUGACAUUUUCGCUGAAGAUGAGAAAGAGAGCGAGGAGGAGGAGGAGGAUGACGGUGAGGUGAACGAGUACGACGAAGGGGAAUGGGGGGCUUCGCUGGCGGCGGCAGGGGUGCAAAGUGGACCCUCUGGGAAUACCACGCGACGAGCAACAGCAGCAGCUCCGACGGCGCCCGUCCUCAAGGACCCAUGGGAGCGGGAGGAGUACUGGCAACCCUACGGCGGGCCCAAGGCAGAGGUGUGGGCCCGAUUGCAGGAUCAGUACAACAAGGAGGUUCCAGAGGAUAUCAGGGAAAUGCCAGAUCCACUCCGAGCUGCGCGGAUCAAGCACAAAGCCUUGAAAGUGCCGAAGCUUGUUCUCGUGUCCAGUAAAGGCGAGCUCGUGCCGUGGCUUCAGAAGGAGGAGAAGGUUGGACAAGCCAAGCAGAGCCGUCUAGUAGAGCAAGGAGAAGGAGAAAGUAGGGGGGAGGGCGUCAACGGGAAGGGGGGGGCUAUUAUUACAGCAGGGCGUGAGAGAAGUGGGAGGGGGGGGGUUGCGGUAGCAACAAGCGCGCGAACGAGGAGUGCAGAGGAGGAGGAGGAGGAGGAGGAGGAGGAGGAGUCGAGGGGUAGCAAGUACGCAACAAGCGAGCGGGGAGGCGGCGGUAGUAGUCUGCUGCUUCCAUUUUCAUCGCCGCCGCCAGAGCUGCGGGUACGUCAGAAGUCGGCGGCGGGAGAACCGGCGGCUGCUGCUGCGGAGGCUGCGCCGACCCCAGAGCACGUGCUGAGCGCGACAGGAUUCCAAUCAUUCAAGCUGUCCGAACUGACCCUCAGGGCUUUGGCUGAUCUGGGCUGCGAGAACGCCACGCUUUUGCAGGAGGAAACCAUACCCCAGAUGCUCAAGGGGAAGGACCUUCUCGUUGGCGGGAACGCGGGGGCGGGAAAGCGGCUGUCUUUUCUGAUUCCGGCGGUGGAGGUGGCCGAUAGGAGAGUGGAGGCGAAGAAGAAGAAAUCGAGCGAAGAGGAGAAAGAGGAGAAGAAGGAAGGGAGCGGCGCUGCGUCUGCGUCCGCCGAGGAAGACGACAACAACAAAGACGUGAUGGUGCUGAUCAUCACUCCCACGCGGGACUCAGUGCAGGCCAUCUGGAGAAUGGCCGCUGCGUUGACCGCUGACCACCCCAAUGUCAGUCUGCAGACGAUCAUCGGGGGCUCGAGAGUCAACGGCGAGCAGAGCCGACUCCUUCACGAUCCCUGUAGGAUCUUGAUUGGUUCGGCCGGUCGCUUGCUGGACCAUCUACAGAACACGAUAGGAUUCCCAGAGCGACUGUCGAAGUUGAAGCUGCUGGUCUUCGACGACACUGCGGAGUUGCUCCGCCUGGGCUUCCGCCCGCUCAUGGAGAGUAUCCUACGGUACCUGCCGACAAAAGGGAGGCAAACUUGUAUCUUUGCCUCCACCUUGCCUCCGCAGCUGUACAGUCUGGUGCACAACACAUUGCGCCCAGACCAUGCAGUCGUGGAGACCGUGAACGCUGUCGUUCCAGACGAUUCCCCGAGUGACGAGCAGGUUCCGCAGGAGUACAUGAUUGUUCCCGUCGAGUCCCAUCUUGUUGUCCUGUACCAGAUGUUAAGACUCCACAUGGAGGAGGAGGGGGUGGAGAAUUUCAAGGUUGUAGUUUUCUGCGUCUCGACCCCCGUGACCGUCAUGACUACCGAGCUCAUGCAAAGCCUUGGCCUUCCCGCCGUGGCUCUUCAUCCGGGACUAGACCGCCCGGAGCGGAUCAGGAUCGCCAACGAGUUCCGCCUCGGGACCGGAACCGUUCUCAUCACGUCUGACAACACUGCCAGGGGAGACUACCCUGGAGUGACCCUCGUUGUCCAGGUUGGGCUCCCGUUGAACAGGGAUCAGUACCUUUUCAGGGUCCGAAGGUCUGACAAGAGCCAGGGCACCAGCAUGCUGCUUCUGUACCCCUUCGAGAAGUUCUUCUUGGGGUACCUUCGGGAUCUGCCCCUCGAGGAGUGCGAGGCCAUGCCCAUCGACCCCUUCAGCGAGGACAAGGUGACCAAAUCCCUGAAAAAGGUGGACAUCAAUGCUCGCAUGAGGGCCUAUCAGGAUUUCCUAGGGUAUUACAAGAAUCACAGCGACAUAGUAUGGGACAACAAGGAGCUAGUACACCAUGCCAAUGUGUUCAGUAAGGGUAUCGGAUUCGCGGAGCCUCCCGUGCUCUCCCUCCGAGUGGCCUUGGCAUUAGGUCUGAGCAGAGUAGAAGGCUUGCGGGUAGCAGAUAUAUUCUAAGGACAGGAUUUCCUAGGGUAUCACAAGAAUCACAGCGACUUAGUGUGGGACAGCAAGGCCCGAGUACACCAUGCAAAUGUGUACAGUACGGGUAUCGGCGGCGCGAGUACACCAUGCAAAUGUGUACAGUAUGGGUAUCGGAUUCGCAGAGCCUCCCGUGCUCUCCCUCCGAGUGGCCUUGGCAUUAGGUCUGAGCAGAGUAGAAGGCUUGCGGGUCGCAGAUAUAUUCUAAGGACAGGAUUUCCUAGGGUAUCACAAGAAUCACAGAGACUUAGUGUGGGACAGCAAGGCGCGAGUACACCAUGCAAAUGCGUACAGCAAGGGUAUCGGAUUCGCCGAGCCCCCCGUGCUCUCCCUCUGAGUGGCCUUGGCAUUAGGUCUGAGCAAAGUCGAAGGCUUGUGGGUCGCAGAUAUAUUCUAAGGACAAGAAACGCACAGCACACGUACACACAACUGGAAAACAGGAAACUUGUGUGUAAGCUGGCGUACUAGUAGUAGUAGCAGUAGUAGUAGUAGUAGUAGUAGUAGUAGUAGUAGUAGUGGUAGUAAUGCUGCUGCUCUUGGAUCGAUCCUAUCUAUAGCACGGCUCUAGUACAAAAGAGUAUGGUUUUCUCCGACGAAGAGAAUCUCAGAUAGCUGGAGAAAGGCUUCACUAGAGGUGGCUGUGUCUUGUCUAUAGUAUAUAGUUAGACCGAGUGUCUAUAGUUUUACCUUAGGGUUCCUUAGGAGGAGGGUUGUUUAGGCGUCCCCAAGUUCACAACAAAAUUUAGACAUGGUC